AUGGUCCCCCCUCCCGCCUUCUCGCCGUUCGCUUUCCCCGGCCAGCGCCUGCUCCGCAGCUCUGGAGACAAGACGCAGGAGGCGCAGGUCUUCCCGCUCGCCCUGCGGACCGACGCCUCCCUUGCCACCCUGGACGACUUCGUUGCUGCCAUCGAUUCGCUUGCGACGAGAGACGUCCUCAAGCCGCUUCUUCACCAGCAUCGCGGCGCUAUCUUGUUCCGAGGCACGCAUGCCAAGUCACCUGAGGACUUCUCUCGCAUCGUGCAUGCCUUCAAGCUAGGCACCCCGCAUGAGGAGCUCGGCAACCCUGUAGUCCGCAACAUCCUCGCCAAGAACGUUGCGACAGCGAACGAAGGGCCGCAUACUCACCCGGUCUUUCCCCACUCCGAGUUCGGCUGGAGCGCUCACUACCCCGGCUACAUCGUCUUCUUUGGUCGCUCGGCUGCAGACUCGGGCGGCGAGACGCCCAUCAAUUCGACGACUGAGGUGUUCCAGCGGUUGAAGGCUGAAGUACCAGAGUUCAUCGAAGAGCUGGCGAAGAAGGGUACACGAUACGUCUAUACCUACCCUCGCGACGUCAACCCCGGCUCAAACCUCGGCAACAACGUUCGCCGCGCCUACCCAGAGGCAGGACUCACGGACACGGACGACGAAGCAACAUUGCGACGCAAGGUGGAGGCGCAGAUCCAGCGGCACUCGAAGGAAUGGCGAUGGCUCGACGACGGCUCGCUCGAGACGGUCCACUACGUCCCCGGCCUCCGACGUCACCCGCUCACCAGCGAAGCAGUCUGGUUCGGCAACAUUGUCAGCAUGUACGCGCUUGCGCAGAAGUGGGAGGCGCUGGGGCCGCCGUACAUUGGCACAGACGGGGCAUAUCACCACCUUCCGACUUACGGAGACGGCUCGGCUAUCCCGCACGAGUACCUCCAGCGAGCAUACGACAUCAUCAAGGAGAUCCGCGUCUUGAUCGACUGGCAGGUCGGCGACGUUUUGCUCCUCGACAACCACUACGUCCAGCAUGCUCGCGAGCCGUGGACCGGCGACCGGCGCGUCCUCGCGUCGCUCUGGGACGGCCCUCCCGCCUUGCCCUUCGAGCUGUAG